CACCCUUCUCCUACAUUUUUCGACUUACUACCUACGACAUUCGUUCUUCAAAUUUGUCGUUCGUUAUUUCCUCUUCCUUGCCCCCACCCAGCACACUCUCUUAUUUAUCUCGGCAGACUGUUACUGCAGCCUGAGCAUAUUCCAGUGUUAUCAUAAUUGUUAGAAUGUAUAAAGAUGCUUAUCUUGAUUUGUGCCGCACAAGAGUCAGCGCAUGACCAAAUUCACAACUCCGACUCUUCCUAAGCCAGACUACGCUGGAGAAUUGGAUUCAUUGGAAAAUAGCGCUGAAAGUGGUGCUGAAUUCGAUUCAUUGGAAAAUGGCUGUCAUAAGCCAACCUGGACCUUAGAUGACAUCCAAAUUCCGAAAGGUUCUGAUAUUGAGAAUGUCUUGGAACACUCUGGCCCAGGGCAAAAAUGGAAGGGCAAAUCUGCCGAAUUCGAUCGGAAGUUCAUGUUAGGCGUAGCCCCUGUGCUCGAACAUGAUGUAGCCAAGGCGUGGGUGUCAGCGGGCGCACAAAAGAGCCAGACGAAGGUGCUGAUAGAAUUACGGCAAGUACUGCGGGGUAAAUGUGAAGGCGGCCGGAUCCAUGAUCAGGAGAAGCGAACAGAGCCUAGUAAUCCAUCACUAAGUGCUGACUAUGUAUACAUGUGGGAGCAGAGUAUAAUGGAUCAUACCUUUUCUGUUGUCGUUGCCUGCCAAUCGGCUAAGUUAACCUGGAGGGUAUACCGGUCGUUGCCUCAGACAGCAGCAUACAACUUCACGUCGUUAGCACGCUGUAUGCUGGCAGUGCAAAAAAUCCAGGCCCGGGCCAAAGCCGCCAGUGACUACCGGCUUUGGCCUGGCUCUGGCCUGAGCCGCGGCCCGAGUACGCUCACUCGUUAUGGCCCGAAAAAAUCACUGGGAGGAUGCAAUCAAGGUUAUGUCCCCAAAGGUAUCGCCCUCCGCGACCGAGGUCAUGUCCAGGAGGCAAGGAUAGCAUUCGACGUUGCAUCCAUGUUCAUGAACCAAGAUUCAAAACCCAACCUUUUUUCUUCUACUCACAAAGGCCAUUGCGCUCUUCAGCGCAGAACACCAUGA